CAUGUUUUCUUCUCCUCUUCUCUCUCUUCCGCAGCUCGGCGUCCGUUUCCUCACGCACCAGAAAAGACGGGAUCGGGGCGUCCGGCGAAGACCAUCGGGCGCGGUGGCGGCGGGUGGCUCCUUCGCCUUCUUCUCCGCGCCCCCGAGCUCACGACGAGGUCCUGCUUCUGCCUCCGUUGAGAACGUCUUGUUUCUGUCUUGUUUUCCUCCUCACAACGGGAGAAACCCUAGAUAGAAGUUCCUGGUGCGUGUUUUGAACGGGACUUUGGAUCUGCCCCACCGGUGGAAACCUUAGGGAAUAGAUUGACUGAGAUCCGAGGAAGGCCCUUGGGUUGAAGGAGGCUUCCUCGGAUUGGUGGAGCUGCUUCGUUCUUAUUGGGCCUGCAUGCCCUUUGGAGCUGUGAAAAUUGAUGCCUCCCGAACCACUACCCUGGGAUCGCAAGGAGUACGCCUUCAAGGACCACAAGAAGAACGAGAGAGGGGAUGCCCUAGGCGGCGGCGGCGGCGGCGGGGGCUCCUCGUCUGCUUCUCGGUGGAGGGAUCCCUACCACGGUCCCCGUGACUUGCCCCGUGCCUCCCCUCGCCGACCCCUCUCAGGUCAUUACCGGCAGGGCGGAAGUUUCCAUCAGGUCCACCCGGAAGAUUCCAGUGGUCAUGGAUGCACACCAUCACGGUCUGAUAGGUUUUGGUUCGAAGAAGAUGGCUUUAGGCCGUUGUCCGUUAGAUAUGGCGGUGGCUGCCGUAGCAGCAGCGGUGGCAGCAGCAGGGAUAGCCGGGGAUCUUUCCGACGAUCCCCAUAUUGGGAUUCUGGUGACUCGAGGCAGCACCAUCACGAUCCCCAUGCGACCGCCCAGCGGCCAGUCGCUGCUCCGAUCUCAUGCACAUCCCAGACCUCCCAGAAAGAACAAAAUGAUAAGAACGGUGGUGUCGAUGACAGCUUGGACACAGGCCACAGAUUUGAUCAUCGGGACAAUUCGUUAGUUUCUAUACCCUGGAAAAAGUGGAGCCGUCCUGGUAGUCUGGUGUCGGCAAAGACUGGCAGAUCCGAGCUGGGGGAAGCUGGCCUUGAGACAGGGUUGCCCUUGGGAAAGGAAACUCCGAUGCAGUCUCCAGUAAUUUCCUCUCUCCCUUCUGAUGAAGGUGUUUCAAAGAAGAAGCCUCGACUUGGAUGGGGCCAGGGGUUGGCUAAGUAUGAGAAGCAAAAGGUAGAGGGAUCUACGGAAACUUCUGUUGGUGGUGGCAAGGGAGCCUCCAGUGACAAUGGCCAACAAGUUACAGGCAUCUCCGGAUGUCUGUCACCCACAACUUCACAGUCUGCUACUUGCAGUUCAUCACCAGCAGGUACUGAAGAUAAGCCUUGCAGCAGGACUGUGAAUGAUGAUAAUGGGAUGAGUCAAAACAGUGAUUUACCUGGAUCCACGCUUCGAUCUUUCUGUGAGGAAGUUUCAAUUGAUUUGGACCAUUUAGAGGCCAGUUUUAUUAGUUCCCUCUAUUCUCUGCUUGCUGAUUUGUUUCAGUCUGAGGAUGCCUUCUCUGGUGAUUCCACUUUCACGAAGCAUUCUGCUCUGAACAAACUAUUGAAAUUGAAAGGGGAUAUAUCAAAUGGAUUGGAAAAGAUAGAAUGCGAAAUUGAUUUGUUAGAAAAAGAGCUUAAGUCACUGGAUUGUGAUGCUAAAGCUUGUUCUUAUCAAACUUCCUUCAAUUUAGCUAAUGACUCUGCUGCAGAAGCUUGCAUACAGCCGUUGGUUGGUGUACCAAAUGAAUCUAAUCAUUUGAAGGAUCAAAAUGUAGAUUUGACUCAAAUGGCUUAUGUACAGCAUGUGCCUUGUAACAGUCUCGUUGAACAUGGCACAAUAGUUGAAGACAACAAUGUUAUUCAUCUAGAAACAUCAUCAUCUAAGAUUGGUUUUGGCAUUGAGAAACUGUCUGAAAGCCACUCAUCAAUUGAGGAUGAAAGACUGAAGUCUAGUGAAGUACAGCAGACUGUCGACUCAGAUGAUGGGGGAAGGCUAAUGGUUGCAUCUGAAGAUGGGAACAGAGAUUAUGUAGAUAGAGGCAGUGUUAGUGCUUGUAUAAGCUCUGAUGAGACUCUGCGAGGAAAUAUACACUCUAAUUUAAUAACUUCAAUUAUGGAUUUUAACAAGAAUGCUUCAGAACAUGCCUGGAAGUUACUUGGCACAUCACUUCCAACAAAUCCGCUGCAGUCAGAUAUUUGGGGAUUGGUUAACCUCACAGCAUGCAGGCAGAAUGACUCGACAAUCAAAGAAAAGCUCAGUAUUCGUAAGUGCCAGGUAAAAUUUAAAGAACGGGUUCUUACUCUUAAAUUCAAGGCACUGCAUCACUUAUGGAAGGAGGACUUGCGCCUUCUUUAUAUAAGGAAACUUCGUACAAAGUCAACCAAACGUUUUGAACUUAGUAACCGUUCGUCUCAAAAUGGUUCUCAAAAGCAACGGUCUUCGAUCCGGUCUCGGUUUGCAUUGCCCGCAGGUAAUUUAACUCUGGUUCCUACAACUGAAAUAGUGGACUUUACUGGUAAAUUACUGUCAGAUUCACUGAUAAAGCUUUAUAGAAAUAACUUGAAGAUGCCAGCAUUAAUAUUAGAUGACAAGGAAAAGACAUACAGCAGGUUUGUUACACAAAAUGGAUUAAUAGAAGAUCCUCUUAUUUUUGAGAAGGAAAGAGCAACGAUAAACCCAUGGUCACAGGAUGAAAAAGUAGUUUUCAUGGAGAUGCUUGCAAAGUAUGGUAAAGAUUUUGCUAGGAUUUCUUUGUCUCUGAACCACAAAACAACGGCAGACUGCAUUGAAUUUUAUUAUAAGAACCAUAAAUCAGAGAGUUUCAAAGAAGUGAAGAAAUGCUUGGAUCUCAGAAAGCAGCAGCAGUGCUUACGAGCCAACACCUACCUUGUAGCAUCAGGAAACAAGUGGAAUCAUGAAAUAAGUUGUGUUUCUCCUGAUAGGUUGGCUUCAGCUCCGAUUGCAGUAGCACAUGGUCAUGGUACUGCAAGGAGUGAAAAGAAUAUCGGAAGUGUUGUUUAUGGGACCUACAAUGAUGUGAAAGUGCCUUACUUAGAAGGGGCGAACAGUGUUAAUAUUUCAGGUGAAGAAAGGGAAUCUGUAGCUGCUGAUGUGUUAGCAGGCAUUCGUGGUGCUCUGUUCUCAGAGGCAAUGAGCUCAUGUGAUACCAGCUCCAUUGAUCCUUCUGAGAAGAUGAACUGCAUUACAGCAGACCGACUGCUGACACCAGAAAUUACUCAAAACCUAGAUGAGGAUGACUGCUCCGAUGAGGGUAGUGGAGAACUGGACUCAGCUGAUUGGACAGAUGAUGAGAAAUCUAUAUUUGUCCAGGCUUUGAGCAUGUAUGGCAAAGAUUUCACCAGGAUCUCAAGCUGUAUGAGAAGAUCAAGGGAGCAAUGCAAGAUCUUCUUCAGUAAGGCUCGAAAGUGCCUUGGUCUUGAUGUCAUUCUCCAAGGCACUGUCAAUGCGGGGAUGCCAUUGAGUGACACAAAUGGUGGAAGGAGUGACACAGAUGACGCCUGUGUUGCUGAGAUGAAUUCUGCUAUCUGCAGUACCCAAUCUUGUUCAAAAAUGGGUGUGGACGCCUCCCAGUCUGUAGCUAACAUUAGCUAUGAAGGGAUUGCUCAUGUUGCAAGCACCCAUUUCCAUGUUGAAACUGAUAGAUCAAAUAAAGAGGAUGAGGAUGUAUCGGCAGGACCAGAUCUGGAUGGUGGGGGAGAAAAGGUCGACACCAAGUAUGUAUCUACAAUUCAUGAUGAUGAGCUAGUAGGGGAGGCAGAUAAUCUUCAAUCUGAUGCAUGUCCAAAGGAAAGCAUUGUUGAUGCACUGGGAGGUACUAAAGCUGCACAACUUUGUAAGGUUACAGAUUCAGCUGAUACAGAAACAAAAGUUGGGAGAAUUGCUAAUAUUAUUUCUCCAACUAAAUCGGUUGUUACAAUCCGAAAAACUGACCCUGUUGCUAUAGCAUGUAUGGAUGGACAGUCAAAACAAUUAACCGCUAGCAUUGUUCACAAAACAGGUACCGAUGGAAGUUAUCCUGCUGAUGGCUUGAAGGAAGUAGAUUCAAAAGCAUCACCAACCACUGAGGUCGGGUUAUCAAAUAAAAAAUCGAUAAACAAUAACUUCACAGCAAUUGGCAAUGGCUCUCUUAACACUGUACCAGAUUCUAAUGCAAGUGGGGCUCCCUUGCUCUCAGGAAACAAGGUUAAUGUUUGUCAUCGUCUGACCUUUGGCCCCAACUAUCAGCAGCAGAUGCAACUGGAUCUACUCCCAUGUGUACCUAAGAAACACCAGACUGUCUUGUUAAAGCAGGAGGAUGUCCAUUCUAUACCACUGAAUUCAUUCUUGCCAGAUCCAUCUUCCGUUUGUUUUGGGGGCCCAAUUGAUGUGUCAUCCGAAACUACUUUGAACUUUGAGGAGCAUGGGAGUAAGUGGCACCAGAACAUGGUAAAAAGAGAUAUAUACCAGCAGUAUAUAACCAGAAACCUGCCAGUGAACCAAGUCGACCAUAACAUGCAUAUUCUGAGAGGUUAUCCACUGCAGGCAUUGAAUCAGGAGGUCAAGAGAGAAACUGACCUUCCAGCAGGUGAGAAGCGAAGUCUGCUUGAAACUGAAUCCAAGAGAUGUGGAGUGUCUCAGUCGAAUCAGUUUUUCAUGUCAGACAUGCACUGGAAUAAAAGUGAUCCUUCGCAUUCUAGGUCUAGUAUGUCAUGUCCAUCGAGGAGCGAAAAUCAUUCGGAAGCUGAGCUUAGAACUUGUGUCAAGAAUGCUUGCUCUGAGAUUGAGGAACACCGAACUGGCGAUGUGAAGCUGUUUGGUAAAAUUCUUAGUCACACAUGUUCUUUGCAGAAAUCCGGCACUUCCUCCCAUGAAAGCAAUGUACCUUCAUCACCGAAGUUGGACGGUUGUUCAACUGCAAAUUCUUCCUGUAUUGUUAAAGAUGGUAAUCGACUUGUCUCUGAUGUUGGUAAUGGCCAAGUAGGCCUGGAGGAUCCUCCUGCAAGAACUUAUGGCUUCUGGGAUGGGAAGAGAGUACAGAAUGGGAAUCCAUCAUUGCCAGAUACAACAGCUAUGUUGGCAAAGUACCAAGGAUCGCUCGCAGGCGUCUCAUUUUAUUCCACCAAAGAUGCUAUUCCAAUUCGGAAUGGGGUUGUAACAGACUAUCCACAGUCUUGUAUGCAGCAGUUGUCGUCAGACGGAAAGCGGAUAGAGAACAUCCCUGAGCUGCAGAAGAGGAAUGCGAUUGGGAUUGUUUCAGGGUUUCAACAGCAAGGUAGGGUAACUCCUCUGGGUGCCAACAUGAUGGGGGGAGGAGGGAUCUUGGUCGGUGGUGGAGGGGUCUCAGACCCUGUUGCGGCCCUUAAGAUGCAUUAUGCCGCUAGGGCCAGCGUAGGUAGCACUGAUAUGAUGGAGUCAUGGCGGGGAGACAUGGGAGGCAGGUAGCACGAGACGGGGCUUUUGAUUAAAUAGAAGGAUGGACGGUAGGGGAUGAUUGCCGGGGGGGGGGUUCUAGAAUCAGGGUGGCCAUAUAGGUUGGUGGUUGAUAGAUGCAGUUUCCACGUCUGUUUGUAUCAUAUUUACCUUUUGUAAUUUGAAUGAAAACAACAGGGAGGGGGGAGUGGAUUUGAUGUUCCGUCCAUAAUCUCUUGGGCUUGGUUGAUCUCCUUCUUUCCUCCCUGGACGGGAUGGGGUUUUGAAUGAGAUGGGUCUGUUCUGUUCCAUCAUCUUUUGUUGCCCACGUCCCGAUGCAACAUCGGUUGCACCCUGGAUUGGGUUUAAAUAUUAUUAGCCUUUUUUUAGCCCAAAGAAAAAAAAAAAGAAGUCUCGAAUCAGUCAGAUUUAUUUUCCUUCA